CCCUUCAGAGGCCAGUAGCAUCUGACUUUGAGCCCCAAGGCCUGAGUGAAGCUGCUCGCUGGAACUCCAAGGAAAACCUUCUCGCUGGGCCCAGUGAAAAUGAUCCUAACCUUUUCGUUGCACUGUAUGAUUUUGUGGCCAGUGGUGAUAACACUCUAAGCAUAACUAAAGGUGAGAAGCUCCGGGUCUUAGGCUACAAUCACAAUGGGGAAUGGUGCGAAGCCCAAACCAAAAAUGGCCAAGGGUGGGUCCCGAGCAACUACAUCACGCCAGUCAACAGCCUGGAGAAACAUUCCUGGUACCACGGACCGGUGUCCCGCAAUGCCGCAGAGUAUCUGCUGAGCAGUGGAAUCAACGGCAGCUUCUUGGUGCGGGAGAGCGAGAGCAGCCCUGGCCAGAGGUCCAUCUCGCUGAGAUAUGAAGGGAGGGUGUACCACUACAGGAUCAACACAGCUUCUGAUGGCAAGCUCUACGUCUCUUCAGAGAGCCGCUUCAACACUCUGGCUGAGUUGGUCCAUCACCAUUCAACUGUGGCAGACGGGCUCAUCACCACUCUCCACUAUCCUGCCCCGAAGCGCAACAAGCCCACUGUCUACGGCGUGUCCCCCAACUACGACAAGUGGGAGAUGGAGCGCACGGACAUCACCAUGAAGCACAAGCUGGGCGGGGGCCAGUACGGGGAGGUGUACGAGGGCGUGUGGAAGAAGUACAGCCUGACGGUGGCCGUGAAGACCUUGAAGGAAGAUACCAUGGAGGUGGAAGAGUUCUUGAAAGAAGCUGCAGUAAUGAAAGAGAUCAAACACCCUAACCUAGUACAGUUACUCGGGGUUUGUACCCGGGAGCCCCCAUUCUACAUAAUCACCGAGUUCAUGACCUAUGGGAACCUGCUGGACUACCUGAGAGAGUGUAACCGGCAGGAGGUGAACGCCGUGGUGCUGCUGUACAUGGCCACUCAGAUCUCAUCGGCCAUGGAGUACCUGGAGAAGAAGAACUUCAUCCACAGAGGCCAGCGCUCUGGAGCGGUUGGCAUUGCUUUUGCACAAACUCGUGCCUUUGGAGUAUUGCUUUGGGAAAUUGCUACCUAUGGCAUGUCACCUUACCCCGGAAUUGACCUGUCCCAGGUGUAUGAGCUGCUGGAGAAAGACUACCGCAUGGAACGCCCAGAAGGCUGCCCAGAGAAGGUCUACGAACUCAUGCGUGCAUGUUGGCAGUGGAACCCCUCUGACCGGCCAUCCUUUGCUGAAAUCCACCAAGCCUUUGAAACAAUGUUCCAGGAAUCCAGUAUCUCAGAUGAAGUGGAGAAGGAGCUGGGGAAACAAGGCAUACGAGGGGCUACGAGCACCUUGCUACAGGCCCCAGAGCUGCCCACCAAGACAAGAACCUCCAGGAGAGCUGCAGAGCACAAGGACGCCAGUGACAUGCCUGAGACACCCCACGCCAAGGGCCAGGGAGAGAGCGAUCCCGUGGACCACGAGCCUGCUGUGUCUCCACUGCUCCCUCGAAAAGAGCGAGGUCCCCCAGAUAGCGGCCUGAACGAGGAUGAGCGCCUUCUCCCCAAAGACAAAAAGACCAACUUGUUCAGCGCCUUGAUCAAGAAGAAGAAGAAGACAGCCCCGACCCCACCCAAGCGUAGCAGCUCCUUCCGGGAGAUGGACGGGCAGCCGGAGCGCCGGGGACCCGGCGAGGAAGAGGGCCGAGACGUCAGCAACGGGGCGCUCACCCUCACCCCCUCGGACACGGCCGAGCCUGCCAAGUCCCCAAAGCCCAGCAACGGGGCUGCUGUCCCCAAUGGAGCUUUCCGGGAGCCCGGGGGCACGGGCAUCCGGUCUCCCCACCUGUGGAAGAAGUCCAGCACGCUGACCAGCAGCCGGCUAGCGGCCAGCGAGGAGGAGGGUGGCGGCAGCUCCAGCAAGCGCUUCCUGCGGUCCUGCUCGGCCUCCUGUGUGCCCCAUGGGGCCAAGGACACAGAGUGGAGGUCAGUCACGCUGCCCCGGGACUUGCAGUCCACUGGGAAACAGUUCGACUCAUCCACAUUUGGAGGACACAGAAGUGAGAAGCCAGCGCUGCCCCGGAAGCGGGCAAGUGAGAACAGGUCUGACCAGGUGACCAGAGGCACAGUGACCCCGCCACCUAGGCUGGUGAAGAAGAACGAGGAAGCUGCUGACGAAGUCUUCAAAGAUGCCACCGAGUCCAGCCCAGGCUCCAGCCCUCCCAGCCUGACCCCAAAACUCCUCCGUCGGCAGGUCAUGGUGGCUCCUUCCUCAGGCCUCCCCCACAAGGAAGAGACCGGGAAGGGCAGUGCCUUAGGGACCCUUGCUGCAUCUGAGCCAGUGCCCCCCACUAGCAGAGCGGGGACAGGCACAGCCGGAGGUACCGGAAAGGCCCCCACCGAGGAAUCCAGAGUGAGGAGGCACAAGCACCCCUCUGAGUCACCCGGGAGAGACAAGGGGAAGCUGUCCAAGCUCAAGCCCGCCCCACCGCCCCCGCCCCCGGCCUCCGUGGGGAAGGCCGGGAAACCCUCUCAGGGUCCGAGCCAGGAAGUGGCUGGGGAGGCGGCAGGUGCCAGUGCAAAAGCAAGAUCCACGAGUCUGGCUGGGGAUGCUGUGAACAGUGACACCACCAAACCUGGCCAGCUAGGAGAGGGCCUCAAAAAGCCUGUGCUCCCGUCCAUACCAAAGCCGCAGUCAUCCACCAAGCCAGCGGGGACCCCCACCAGCCCCACCCCUGCUCCCUCCACAUUGCCAUCAGCACCCUCCGCCCUGGCAGGGGACCAGCCAUCUUCCACUGCUUUCAUCCCUCUCAUAUCGACCCGCGUGUCUCUUCGGAAAACCCGACAGCCUCCGGAGCGGAUCACCAGCGGCACCAUCACCAAGGGCGUGGUUCUGGACAGCACCGAGGCCCUAUGCCUCGCCAUCUCCAGGAACUCUGAACAGAUGGCCAGCCACAGUGCGGUGCUGGAAGCUGGCAAGAACCUCUACACGUUCUGCGUGAGCUACGUGGAUUCCAUCCAGCAGAUGCGGAACAAGUUUGCCUUCCGGGAGGCCAUCAACAAACUGGAGAAUAACCUCCGGGAGCUUCAGAUCUGCCCGGCGACAGCAGGCAGUGGCUCGGCAGCCACUCAGGACUUCAGCAAGCUCCUCAGUUCUGUGAAAGAAAUCAGUGACAUCGUGCAGAGGUAGCAGAAGCCCGGAGUCAAGCCAGCUGGAGUUGCCUGAAGUGCAUGAGGGCUCGCCUGUGCCCAUGACGGUGGCUGACAAAGGACCAGUGAGUUGGGACCUUGGCCCAAGGGCUCUGUGCCAGGCGGAACCAAGGGCCCCGUGGAGUCCAGCCCAACUACCUACAUCGUGCACCAACUGUCCUCCUGCACCUCCCGUCCCUAGCCUGGGCCGCCUGUGUCCUGGAGUUUUAUCUGUGGAGUUCCUGCAGCCAGGGCCCACCAGACUCCCACCACCUGGUACCUCAGACUGAGCCCUCCAGGCCAGCUGGGAACAGCCACAAAGACGGUCCUUCUUGUCCUCCUCUCUGGGGAGCCGCUUCCUGGCUGCGCCUUCUUGUGUUUCCCCAAGAACAGGAGCUGCACCAAGGCCUACGCAGCGUCGCCCCCACCCACCCAGUGGAGCGAGCACCUGUACUCACCAUCCCAUGUCACGUAUGCUGAGAACGUGUGUCACGAGCCACAUCCCAGGAAGGUGUGCACAGCCAGGGCCACUAGCGGGUCACUGCCCUCCUCUGCUGCCCAAGGCUGAGGCCACUCAUCAUUUCUUCAUGUGAAGGACAGCUCUUGAUGUGGGGGAAACGGGGCACUAAAGCUGACCAGCCUUUGGGUCCCAGAUAGGUGGGAGCUGAAGAAGACCAAGGUGUGGGUAGUGUCUUUGUCAACUUUCCCCUCCAUGUCCCAGAGCCUGUUCUUGCUCUCUUGUGAUGAGCACUGCAAAUCCUGGAAAGAAAGCUAGAGUCUUAAAGGUGGCAGGGUCACUGCCGCUGCUGACCCCAGCAGAACGGGGGCAGGGGAGCGGGAGGCGGUGGCUGGCUGGGGGAGCAGUUGGGCCAGGUGUGCGGUGGCCCAGGUGAACCUGCCUUUCCCGCAUCCAAGCACCCUGCUUGGACUUGAUUUCUGACCAGUCCCCUUCCCAUCUCCCACUCCUCUAUGACAUAGUAGCUUCUUGCAGGGCCCUUUCUGCCAAGACAGUCUUUCGUCUCCAGAGUUCAUGAAGCAAAGCUCUUCCUCUGCACAGCUGCCUCUGAUACGGACGGAGCUGCCAUCGGGCACCAGUGCACAGACAGGAGGAAAAGGACUGCUGGCUCCAAGGACUGCGCCAGUGUCGGCUGCUCUCUUGAAUUGGGUGCAUGUCUUUUAUUUAAUUAUCAUGAGCAACACUUAGCCUAAUGUUUCUGUGGGGGUCAUCAGGGAGUGUCAAAAUCACAGAGGAAACCCCAGAAAGUAUUUC